CAUAAUCCCAACAACAUGCAGGACGACAAGGACAGUGUUGGGCAGACAAAUAGGGAUUAAAAUGUGGUUGGGCCCCAAAGCAGCAGGCGUGGAAACAAACCGGGAGGCAAAGAUGGUGCUGCAAAAAACAAAAAACAGAACAUCCCAUGGAGCUUAAGGGAGAGGAUCACACUGUCGAGAUUGAUGGCCAAGGAUGAUGUUCUAAUGGCCGACGCCGAGGGCCAGCAUCGGUUCAAGAAGAGGAAGGAGCGGUAUGAGUGGGUGCACGAUCCAAUGGCGGAUCACGGGUUUCCGCACAGGUUUGCGGAGGAUUGCCGUAAGAGGUGGCAGGGCAUGAUGGCUGCACCAAAUAUUAUUCUCGACAAGUGUGAGAAUGCUUCGGGCAAACCUUCAUACUGGGACAUGACCAUGGACCAGCGGAAGGCGGAGCAGGUGCCACUGACCUUUGAGAAAGCGUUGUGGGAAGCGAUAGAGUGGCAACUCAAUCGACCCUCCAUCAAGUGUGACAACACGCUCGCAUCGGAGAACUUGCCGGGUAAUACGGGAGGGGCAUCAACGAACACCGGUCCGACACAACCCGCUUCAGGGAAAAGUGGCUCCGACGGUAGAGCAACGGAAGACUGCGACAGUGCAGCGAAGACGAGGGGGACGAAUACAGGCAAAGCGAGGAUAAACUACACGAUUAGCGGUGGGACAGUAUUGGGAAGGGCGAUGGAGGGCACGACACGGUCGUACAACAAAGGUCUGGAUAAGGCCGUCACCACUCAGGCAAAGGCAACGUCAUAGGCCGGCUCAAUGAUCACGGCGAAGAUUGGUGACGUCGCAUAUGCCAUGU